AACAAAAUGAUUGAUGAUCUAGAUAACGACCCUUGGGGCACGGGGUACAAAAUCGUAAGCAAAAAACUUAAAAGUCCUAGAUCUUAUGAUGAAAAUGCCAUAUCAAAUGAGGAAACGAUCGAAGCGAUUAGAAAUCUCUUUCCAGUCCACCCCAAAAACACAUGGAAUACACCAGAAAUAAAUCCGGAUGAGAUUCCGCAGAUAACUAAAAAUGAAAUCCUAAAUGCUACAAAGAAACUCAAACCUAAUAAGUCUCCGGGCCCUGAUAGGAUACCGCAAAUUUUAGUUAAACUUUUUGUCUCAAAUAACGUAGAGAAAGUUCAAGCAAUGAUAAAUACCCUUAUGAAAACUUCCACCUUCCCUCUUGACUGGAAAAGAGCAAAAUUGAUACUGAUUGCAAAGACCAAGAAGAAACCUACAGAUCCCAAAAAAUACCGUCCGAUCUGUAUUCUUAACUCAUUUUCAAAAAUCUUUGAAUACAUACUCCAAGAACGCCUCAUGAACUAUGUGACCUUAUCAGAUAAUCAAUUCGGAUUCCGGAAACAAAGAUCGACCACGCAUGCUAUGAAGAAGCUAGUAGAAAUAUAUGAAAAUAACAAAAAGGUCCCAUAUGAUAAAAGGAAAAUGCUGUGCAUUAUUGGUAUCGACAUCCGCAACGCGUUCAACAGCCUGCGCUGGAAAGAUAUAAUCAGGGAACUGAAAAAACAAAAAGUACCUGACUAUCUUAUUGCAGUCAUGCAAAAUUAUCUACAGGACAGAUACGUGGAAUCAGGAGAGUUAGUUUUUGAAACAACAGCAGGCAGUUUUUAAGGAAGCGUAAUUGGACCCCUCCUGUGGAACAUAGUAUAUGACCCGAUCGUCAGAAGCAAAACAUCCCCUCAUGCAGAAAAAUUAGCUUAUGCUGACGACAUGUUAAAAGUACUCAUUACACAGAACAAAGAAACCCUUCUUCAAGACAGCGAGAGCAUCACAAAGCAAACGAAGAAAAAGCUGAAAAAAAGAGGACUUUCAAUGGAAAAUUCGAAGACAGAGUCUUUAAUUCUUGAAGGCAGGAAAGUGGACAGAGCUGACGCGAAGAUUUCAGUAGAUGGGGAAAUCUUGGAUGUUGGGACUACGUUGAAAUACCUUGGUUUUAACCUGAACAAGGGUCUCAACAUGUCACACCAUAUAAAGAUCGCUUGCGAAAAGACGAAAGCAGUUACAAACCACUUUAGAUCAAUCCUGCCAAACAUCGACGGACCAACGUUUCUUAAAAGAAGACUGAUCAUUCAUGCCAUCCUCUCCAUUCUAUGGUAUGGAAUUGAAAUAUGGGCAACCUCCUGCAAUAGGAAAAAGAACACAAACCUAAUUACCACCACCAUCAGACCUCUCAAGAGAAGCCUAAGCUCAGCCUACAAAACUGUCAG